AUGUCGUCGCUCCCCGCUGCAGACAGCAGCGAGACCGACAAGAUGGUCGUCGCACCAACCGCAGCGCAGGCCGCAUCAACCACCAGCACCACGCCAACCCCCGCGAAAAAGAAGCCCCCAACCACCUUCCACUCCCUCCCCGCCGAGUUACGAAACUACAUCUACCACCUCUCGGACCACCUCACCAUCCUGCAAUGCACUCUCUGCGCCAAAACCGCGUACAAAACCGACACCGCCCAAUGGAACGUCCUGCCGAGCCUCGCCUGGGGUGAAAACUCGGAGAACUCGGGACGGCGACGCAUCCAUCUGGGCUGCGAUGCGAGCGGGGGCGUGGGACGGCAUGGGCAGGAACGAGGGGCGGGGAAGGGCAAGGCGAGGUUGUUCGUGGGCGGGUGGGUUGAGAGUGCACUUGUUGUUGCUGGCGGUAAGGGUACCGUUACGGAGGAGGCGGAUUCGACGGCUGUCGCGCAACCCCCCAUCACGAAAGUCUCGCCGCUCGUGCGCGCCGAUACGCUGCCCAUCUUCUAUGGCGCGCCGCAGUUCUACUUCACGCUCUUCGACCGGGACCCCGCGGACGGCGCGGCGGUCGUGGUCAAGUGGCUCAAGGGCAUCGGGCGGGCGAACGCGGCGCGGUUAAGGAGUCUGGCGAUUGUGUUUACGCGCAAGCAGACGGGGAAUUAUAUCAAGAAGGACUUGACGGCGGGGAUGUCGGAGGCGGGGGUGGAUAUUGCUGGGGAGGUGGUGAGGCAUGUGAGGUUGCGGCAUCCGUUUUGUCGGUGUGGGUGGUGUGUUGUGGAGGCGUUGAGGAAGGAUGGUGGGGAGGAGGUUGAUGGCGAGGAGGUUGAUGAUGACGAGGAAGACGCUGGCGGCGACGAUGUCUGGGACGAUGGGUCUGGCGAGGGUUGA